UAUUGGAAACCACACCUUUUAAUUGUUUACAUUUAAAAUUUCGUAAACUGUUUAGAUUUCUACCUCUAAUUUAUUUUUAAAUGAAUACAUUUCCUAAAAUGAUCAUUUUAUUAUUUACGUUCCUAACUCUAAUAUGUUCAGGUAAUGCAAUACGAUGUUACCAGUGUAGUUCUGAUCAAGAAGGUAAAGGUGAAGAUAAUUGUGGUGCCUAUGAAAAUUUUGAUGCUGACAGAAAUACUUUAGUUGAUUGUUUGGGAGAAGAAGCUGUCACGCCUGGAACUUUUUGUUAUAAAAGUAUUCAACAAAGUCCUAGAGGUUUCAUAUGGGAUGGACGCUGGAGAACAGUAGUGCGGAGAUGUGCUCAAAUUUCAGAAAGAGGUAUCAAUUGGGGCUGUGAUUGGGGUUAUAAAGAAAAUGGUGUUUAUUGGGAAGAAUGCUAUUGUGCAGAAGAUGGUUGCAAUGGUGCAAGAACAUUGAGAACUCCUUUUAUAUUCACAUUGGUGGUGGUUAUGUUUUCAAUUAUUUAUUUAAAGUAUGGUUUUCUUUAGGUUUUUCUUGUUUUUUAAAGGGAUUGUGAUGAUUUGCACAUUGAAAUGUUUACACAGUGAAACAAUGUACUAUGAAAUGUUUACACCGUGAAACUAUGUACAAUGAAUGAAACAAUGAGUAUGUACAGUGAGUGAAACUAUGUACAAUGUUUACACAGUGAAACUGCCUUUAAGCAUCUUUUGGUUAUUUUAUUAU